AUAUUCAACUUGUCAAACAUUACUCUAGAUCCGCAUUAUAUUCCUUACAGAAAUUAGAAUUGUUACUCUUCAAGAAUUAAAACUAUGGAACUAUGGAUUGUCAUUCUUCUCCUCUGUUUCAAAACAGAAUUUGUUGAUGGUCACUAUAAGAGAUGGAUUCGGAAUACAAACUUUGGCAACAACUUAAAUUGGAAUACUGGAAGAUCCCCAUGUGGGGAUGAUAGUGUAGUGAUCCCAACUGAAUCUCCACCAGUUUUCAUCAAUAUCAAUACAACUAUGAAAGAAAUUGUAUUCCCCAAGAAUGGAAUGCUAAUUCUGAAUUCAUUCAUGGAACUAGGAUUCACUUCUAACCCUAGUACAAGCUGUGCUAAUUCUGGUCAAGAGGUAGAAUUCAAUGCCACCUAUGGAAGAGAAUGGGUAGAUCCUGCAAAUUGGUGUGUUGCAAAAUCAAGAUCAGACAAUUGUGAUGCUGACUAUCAUUCUUUGGAUUCAGAAAAGGUUCCAUGUCCAACUGAUGAUGUGGUUUUCCCACCAGGAAACAGCUACUAUAUUGACCUCAGCACGGAUAUGGACCUUACUGUGAAUUCUAUUUAUUUCAUGGGACUGUCUUUCUCAACAAACACGUUUUCCAACUUCAUAAACUCCAAGCAAGGCAAAACAUAUUUCAAGUCUUAUAAACCUGAUGAAAAUGAGUCCCACAUGACAAUAAGAAGACGACCAUGUAUUGAUCCAGCUAGCUGUGAUUGUGGCAACUACAGAAGCCCGAUCUUUGACAAUAUAUGUAAAAUGCAUUCACCAUUCUGCAAGAAACCACAGUGCCAGUCCCCAGUAAGACCAACAGGACAUUGCUGCAACAUUUGUGGGGCUAUUCUAAAAUGCAAGUACGAAAAUGGUUUCAGUUAUGAUCGAUUAGUUGAUGAUAUUAAAAAGAAAUUCCUCCAGAAUGAGGGUAAUGUAAAAUUCAUAGUGUCAAGAAUCGAUAAUGACAUACAGCUAACGCUUAUGGAUAUUACUGGAGAACAUAGUGUGAUUAUUGGUCAGAAAAUAUAUGAGGACAUCAUUGAUGACAUAAAGCACGGAGGUUACAAAUACAUAUUUUCAGCAGUUGAGAUAAAAGUUUCUGGAACGCCAAGAAACAAGAGACCUUCGGAAACAACAAAGACAUCGACGACAUUGACAACAACAACAAAAACACCAGCAACAGUGUCAUCAACUAUAAUAAAACCAAAACAAACAUGGACAACAACAACAAAAACAACUGGUACUACUACAACAACAACAACACAAAGAACAAGUCAAAAGACAACUACACAGGGCUAUGGUAAACCCGAGAGUGGUCGUAACAUAAAGGCUGAACCUAUAGGUGGAUUUUCAACUGCUGCAGUCCUUGGAUUCACUUUGGGCAGUCUGAUAUUGCUUCUAUUGAUUGUUAUCUUACUUCUCCUCUACAGAAGAGGUAACAUGCGUAAUUUUUCCAAUCCUUUUACAUCAGGACAAUUCUUUCCUAACAUUCACAGCAGAUUUAUUAAUCAAGACAAUGUCCCAUUAGAUGAUUUACCAAGUCCAACAUAUCAUAACGAAGGAGGAUUUCAAAAUCCAGUUUAUGGUGCUGAAUCAACUAACCGCUCGGCCAGUGGAGGAAAUACAAAUAAUGCGUACAACAACCAAGAAUUCAAUAACCCACUUUAUAGUUCAGAUUUGAACCAAGAAACUUUGUUCGAUGAUCCCAGCAGAAUUUCCCCAUCUCUCUCUUUGGAACCUACUAACGAUCCUGCUGAGUUGCAAGACAGCACAAUCUAAGGAAGGAGUCGAGGAAGAAAAUAUUUUUAAAGUUACUUUAGAUUAUCAUCAUCAACAUCUGUUGAACAUACUGUCAGCUUUGUCUAUCGGUUAUUAUUGUUUCUUUAUAGAUUAACCAAAACAUUUAAAAGUCUAAAAUGUGACUUGUGUAACAAUAUACAUGGAAUAAAUAUUCUCUAAUCAUCUUGCAUAUAUCAAA